AUGGAUCAAAUGAAGGAUGCCUGCCAUCUUACCGGCGUUGCAGAAGAAGCAGAAGAAGAAGAAGAAGAAGAAGAAGAAGAAGAAGAAGAAGAAGAAGAAGAAGAAGAAGAAGAAGAAGAACAAGAAGAAGAAGAGAACAUGGCCGCCGCCCGAACCGAAGACGAAGCCGUCGCGACGACAGCCAUCACCCCGGGCGAAGAAGCUGAAUCAGUGGUCGUCCGCCCCCUCGCGUUGGUGCCAUACACAAAGCCGGGACUUGGCGCGGUGGCCACCGGGGGCCGGCUGAAGAGCUCACAGCGGCCGUCACCACCACUGCUGCUAAACAGCCACGCUUCGCAGCGACUCACCGUGGCACAUUUGGCCGCGCAGGCGCUGGCAUCGGCGAAUCCGGAGCCAAACGUCAGUGCUGCACUGCUGAAGAAGGCAAUCGUGUUGGGGGAACCGAUGCUGCUUGGGGAGGAGGAGGAGGAGGAGGAGGAGGAGGGUGACGCGCUGUCAGUGAGGGUUGUGGUUGUUGUUGUUGUCGCCGCGAUGGUGAACCAGCAUGCGAGCAGGGUGAAAUGA